UGCACUUUACUCCCUGUACCGAAUGGUUCAAACGCUUGGUUCAUUGAUUGUAUGGCUAAGAUUUAGUGCAAUUUAUCAACAAAGUGCAUUAUGACGAUACCAUUAGUACAACGAGCUAUCUUCCGUUCUGAUAUGGUUUUCGCAAAACGAUCGAGUCAAAAUCGGGCUGCCCGUUUUGCUUGCUGAAUGGUUCUGACAGCAGCAAAAUGAAUGUCACCAGUUGUAUUGAACCGAUUGGCAAAACAUGCCUUUUUUUCUACCAUGUGAAAAGUGUAGUUUCUUCAAAACAGCGAAAUAAUCGUAUCGGACCAGUCGGUAAUGAAAUAUUUUCAACUGCUCGUGUACAAACUGCUUGCACGAGCGAUUGAUACCGUAAACAGAUACUUUGACGUGCGACGACUACACUACAUCCGGGAGGUGCUGGAGAUAAACAUUGGCAUAUUUGUGCACCAAAUCAACUACGACAGUGAUACGAUGGCCAAGCGUAGAGCAAUCUAUACAUUCCGGCCGUUCGAAGUGUCCGAUGUCGAUUACCGUAGCACGGCCAUCAGCAGCGUCGGUUCUGGCCGACGGUAUCCCAAAGCUAGAAGCGGUCAUCGAAUCGUUUGCAGCGACUCGUCCAUCUAUUGCUUCGGUGGAUUCAACCCGAAUAACUCGCCCGCCCGGAACGGUAACUAUGAGGAGCGGGAAGACUUUUUCCUGUUUCACGAGCUGUGGAAGUACGACAUGAUACGCAAGCAGUGGACAUUGCUAUUGGACGCAAACAACGAUUUGCCUGUCGAGCUGGCCUCAAACGCAAUGCUGCUGAGCGGAGAAAUGAUCAUGAUUUUUGGCGGCACAGGAUAUCCGUUUGGAGUGACUUGCUCGAACAAGCUACACGUUUGUCAAACACGCCGCAAACCGAAGGAUUUGAUAGAAGUGGAAGUGAAAGGCGAUCCUCCACCACCACAAUAUGGCCAGGCGAUUGUAAUUAGCGAUAACUUCCUGUACACCAUCGGUGGAACCAAUGGAUUCGAUUACACUUUGGAUGUUCAUCGGCUACAUCUACCCAGCAGAACAUGGGAAUAUAUUUACGAAUGCAAUCAAAACAUUCGCGAAGAUCCUUCCGGACGAUACCGACACGAGCUGGCGUACGACGAUUCUAAAAUAUACGUAAUUGGCGGAGGUACAAGCGAUGCAGUUUUCAUACUGGCUAAUAUUCCUGUGUACGACAUACAAGCGAACAAGUGGGAAUACCUGCAGACCAAACCCGAUCCACUGGCCAACUCCCCGGGCAUCCCGACGGCACGCAAAUGCCACUCGUGCGUACAGAUCCGCACGGAUCAGGGGCUGGAAGUGAUCGUGGCGGGAGGAUUUGAUGGCGUUAACUACUAUAACGAUAUCUGGAAGCUUAACCUUUCCACCAUGCAGUGGAAGAAGAUGCAUAAGUCGAACUUACCGUAUCCUCUAUUUUUCCACGAUGCGGCCAUCACUAGCGACGGUUGUAUGCACAUUUUCGGAGGCAUUAAGUACAGCAAUAGCACGAGCGUUCGGACUAACACGCUGUUUAAAAUGUGGACUACAAUUCCCCGGUUAAGUGUGAUCGCGUGGGAAGCACUUUUGCAUUACAUUCCAAGCUUGCCUAGCAGGACGAAGGAAGAGCUGCUGGAAGCCGGAAUUCCUCGCCAGUUCGUUGAGCGGGUACAUGAAUGAGUGCAUUGUGCCCCGGGAGCUUUGUAUAAACCACACUGCUAGCAACCCAGUCGAUUGCCCUUUUGUUUAUCAUUAGAACGUGACGGCCGGCCAUGAACGCAGGAGGCUGGCUGAAUUUCUAUGAAACCAUCUGGAACAGCCUCUGAACAUAUUGAUACACGCAAAAUAAAACGCAGCAUUAAGAGAGAACGAUGAAUGAAAGUUUGUUUGAAUGGUUGUAAGUGCGCUGGCUCUUCACGGUGAAAUAACCAAUUAAUCAAAUGAAA